AUGGCUGUGUUGCUACCAAAACAAAGGAGGUCCAGAGAAAAAGAGAAAGACCAAGGAACUCGGAUCGGGAGGAAAGCCCCUUUAAAGGAGGAGAAGCAGGAGAGGAGAGGCGCGAGGUCAAACGUCUGCCCAGAGUUUGAGUUGGCAUUGGUGGGACACCGGCAGCCGUGUGUUCAAGCCUUUAGUCGUGUGGUCAAGAUGUGGAAACAAGGUUGCACAGGGCGGAGGUGGUGUAUGGGCUAUGAGAGAAGGUCUGGGUAUUACACAGUUUACAAGCAGGUAUACAGAAUGGAGCAUCAGACUGUCUAUAAAUGCUGCCCUGGAUGGGUCCAACAAGGCAAUGAACCUGGCUGUUUGCACUUGCUGUGCACUGUUGGCACUUGCUUCAAUGGAGGGAAAUGCUCAGAAGAAUCUGGGACUCAGAUGUGUCAGUGUCCUGCAGGAUUUCAGGGUCCUCGCUGCCAGUAUGACGUGAAUGAGUGUACCACUGAGAACGGUGGCUGUCACGACCAGUGCUGUAAUACUAUUGGCAGCUAUUACUGCAAAUGCCCGACUGGCCAGAAACUGGAGGAAGAUGGAAAAUCAUGUGGAGACGUCGACGAGUGUGCGGUAGUGAACGGAGGCUGCCAGCAGGGCUGUGUGAACACCCAGGGCUCCUUCUAUUGCGAGUGCAGUACGGGAUACAAGCUCCAUGCUGACGGGCGCACUUGCGUAAUGAAAGACCCCUGUGCAAGUGGGACUGGCGGAUGCUCACAGAUCUGUCAAAAUGAGAGAGGAGUUGCAAAAUGCGAGUGCCAUCCAGGGCAUUAUCUUUCUGCAGACAGAAAGUCCUGUUUAGACAUUGAUGAGUGUGCAGAAGGGAGAGCCAGGUGCGCUCAUUGUUGUGUGAACACUCCAGGAUCCUUCACCUGUGUGUGUAAUCCCGGCUUUGAGCUGGGGGCUGAUGGAAAGCAGUGCUACCGCAUCGAAAUGGAAAUUGUCGAUAGCUGCCAGAAGAACAACGGUGGUUGCUCUCAUCGCUGUGAGCACACAACCGCUGGGCCUCGCUGCUCCUGCAAUGAUGGCUAUCUGCUUGGUUUUGACGGCAAAACAUGCACAGAGCGGGAUGAGUGCGCGAGCGGCGAGGCCUGCUGCUCCCAGUUCUGCAUCAACUACGUAGGCAGCUACGAGUGUGCCUGCAAAGCGGGCUUCCAGCUGAAUGCCGAUGGCUGUGGCUGUGACGAUGUGGAUGAGUGUCGUCUUGAUAAUGGUGACUGUGACCAUUUCUGUGUUAAUUCUCUGGGAUCAUAUGAAUGUGCAUGCAAGGAGGGUUACAGGCUUGGUAUUAACAGACAGUCCUGCAUUGCGCUAGGCAGUGCCGAGGUGGAGGCAGACGUGGGCUUUGCGGGGAUUCCUGGUCUGCAGUUCAGACACCCACCCCAGCUCCUUCGCUACGCGGUUGCACUCGACCCCUUCUACGAGGAUGACGACAAGCGAGGGGAGCUCACGCUGACACACAGAGUUGUUUGCCUUGAUAAUACUUUUGGCAACGACUGUACCUUGAGCUGUGAGGAUUGUAUGAACGGAGGCAGAUGCAACACUGAAAACAGUGGCUGCAUUUGCUCACCUGGAUGGAAUGGCAUUAUCUGUAAUGAAACUUGCUCCCCUGGGACGUAUGGGAAAGACUGUGCCAGCAUUUGUAAGUGUCAGAACGGAGGCUCCUGUGACCCUGUAACAGGGCAAUGUCGCUGCCCGCCAGGAAUUCACGGAAAGUUGUGCGAAGAUGGCUGCCCAAAAGGAUUCUUUGGGAAGAACUGUAACAAGCCAUGCAACUGCGCCAACGCUGGCCACUGCCAUCGCCUCUAUGGAGCCUGCUUGUGCGACCCUGGGCUGUACGGGCGUUUCUGCCACCUUACCUGUCCCAGGUGGGCCUAUGGAGCGGGCUGUUCAGAGGAAUGUCAGUGCGUGAAAGCGAACACGCUGGAAUGUGAUGCAAGGAGCGGUGCCUGCACCUGCAAACCUGGUUAUCAAGGCAAAAAGUGUCAGAAAGAGUGCCUGUCUGGCUUUUAUGGAGCUGGUUGCAAACUGCGGUGCAGCUGUCCUCCUGAUGUGUUAUGCGAUCAUGAGACGGGAUUCUGCAAGCAUCCAUGCCCACCUGGUUUUCACGGAGAAAAAUGCCUUUUACCUUGUCACCCUGGGAGGUUUGGUGUGAACUGCAGGCAGAGCUGCGGCUGUGGAGAUGCACUGUGCGAUUCAAAGACUGGGCGGUGUAUUUGCCCAGCUGGGAAAACUGGUGCUACAUGUGACCAAGAUUGCCCUGAUGGUUGGUGGGGAUUAGACUGCCAGUCCUCCUGCGAGCCCUGUGCGAACGGAGGACGGUGUAACAAAGAAACCGGAGCCUGUGACUGUCCCCCUGGCUACACUGGGGAAUCCUGCUCAUCCUCCUGCCCUGCUGGUUACUAUGGACAAAAUUGCCUUCUGUUAUGCAGCUGUAGUAGAGGUGCUCAGUGUCACCGUGUUACUGGAGAAUGCACGUGUCCCCCUGGCUGGACUGGCCAGGACUGCAAACGUGCUUGUGAUAGUGGCCAUUGGGGACAAGGCUGUGAAAACACAUGUGUCUGCAAUAGCAGUGAUGGUAGCUGUGAUCCAGUCACCGGAUCUUGUUUCUGUGAGCCAGGAUACACUGGGAAACACUGUGAAUGGAGAUGCCCCGAGGGAACCUUUGGCCUGGGUUGUGAGUACAAUUGUCAGUGCCGGAAUGGGGCUGUCUGCGACCAUGUGAGCGGAGCCUGUACUUGUGCGGCUGGCUGGACAGGAACGUUUUGUGGAAAAG